AUGGAAGAUGUCUUCCUCCAAGAGGAUCUUAGCCCGACCAUUGCAGAGCAUGCGACACAAUGCCAGUCUCUUUUCCACAAGUGCAUAGUCAUACCAGAAAUUGUGCCAGACCCUACUAUCAUGGACGACCAGCUGGCCCGCUUUGCGCUAUGGGCAUCAAAUAUGGAUGUCUACGGGCCGCCCAAUGUCUCGCUGGACUACAGACUCCGGUUCAGCCCCGUGGCUGCGGAUAUCAUACAUCAGCUCCUGGAUAUUAUCUACGAUACCCUGCUGUCUUUAAAUGGCAAUUCUGGAUUCACGAGGAGAUCCGAUGACGAUACAAGCGAUUCAGAGAGUGAUAUCGAUCCAGCAGAAGAGAACAUGCUAAAGAUCACCGAGACAAUCGGCGGAACAUUGACGCGGCUCUUCCGUCUAUCCAACGCCGUCCGAAAAUCCGCUAAAACCAAUCGAGCUCGCAAGAUCGAAAGGUAUAGAGACGACGAAGAGGCAAACAAGGCAAUAGAUGAGUUGCGACUCUAUACUAAAUGCUAUAUUGAAUUCCGAUUCCCAGAGGCGCCGGAGGCGCUCCGCUCAGCCCUGGUCGAAGCCAACGCGCUGCGACUUCGACGGCUGUAUUAUCAGCGCUCCCAUAGAAGGCGCAUUGAUCUAAGUAUUCAGAUCCCGGAACCGACUCCAGCCGUUGUCCAACUCCCCAAAAUGACGGUGAAUGCGCCAGCUGUGCGGUUUGCGCCGAGCGCGCUGCCAAAGCCUGCGAGGACCAACACAAUGCUGGCCCCAGUGCCAGCGCCAGCAACGAAUGCGACUACCGCCCGACAAACUGCGGUUGCGGAAUUCUACGCUAAAUCCACAACGGAGAUUCCCCGGGCUAAAUCUGUUCUUGUGAACGACAAGUUGCCGUUUCCUCCGAUACCGCCGACGCCGCAGUGUCCAUACUGCGGUGUCAUUGUUGAGUUCAAGAACAGUGCAAGGUCACUACUGUGGCAGUAA